UUUUCGUCACUCAGAAAAAUCAAAUCAAUUGCUUCAUUGGUUAGUCAAUCAAAAAGAAAUAUUCGAAAAACAGAAACACCAAAAACAAUUUUAAUUGCAGUCCCCAAUUUUGUGGAAUUUCGCAAUUAUGAAUCGAAUAAGUUAUAUCGGAAAGUUGUCAUGCUACAAAAUGUGAGUACGUCCUUAGCUAGAUUUCAAUUACCAGUACGGCCUAUGCAUUCACGAUUCAAUGUCAUGAUUGAAUGUAAAAGACAAACGGGUGGCAUUUCCCCAGGAAUGCAUGUAAAAUUGAUUAUUUUAUUUCGUUGUGACAUCUUGGACGAACCCGAAGAAAUGUUAGUGAUAAAUGUACAACAAGGACGUUCGGUGAUUAUUAAAUUACGCGGAUAUCGUGAUUCACCGAUAUUACAAAGUAAAUUUAUAAUUGUGGUACUUAUAUGUGAGAAUACACCUAAGCAUAUAGGGGUAUUCUUGUUGAAUAAAUUUUAUAAAUUGUUAGAAAAAAUAUUGAAAUUGAAUUUACAGUUUACCGAUUUAGGUAGUGACGCAUCAAACAUAUCUGGAGAGAGUAUACUGUAUUGCAAGAAAUUGAAGAGCUUCGAUUGUGGAGAGUGUCACGUAGAUCAACAAGUUGUUUUAUCUCUGAUAGUUAAAAACAUCGGCGGCGAAGGAAGAUUCUUCAUUAUGAGCGAAAUCGAUUGGUGCUCGAUGUAUAUCGAGGAUGUCACUAACGACAAUAUGCUAAUUCUACCAUCUUUUGCUAUAUGGCCCGCAUAUUUUACCCUCAAGUCGCAAGAGUACAUGUAUCUACACAUCUAUUUCUUUCCUGACACUCACGGAAUGCAUGUAGAGACAUUGUACGCAAUUUGUGAUAAUUGUUCUGUGAUAACAACGGAGAUCAUUGGAGAUGGAAUCGCGUACAAGCAACAGUAA